CUAGACUCCAUAUAAAAGCAGUGCAGCCUCCCCGCCCUCUUUCACUCACAGCGCCUCUCCGCCUUGCGCUUGACGCGGAGCUUAGAGAGGGCGGAGGGGGAGGCGGCGCGGAGCGCCAGGAGGAGGGGGGACGCAGGGGGCGGAGCGGAGGCAGCACCUUCGGAGAUAAUCCUUUCUCCUGCGGCAUAGGAGAGGAGCGGCCAGACCCGGACACAGCACGGAGGCUUAGUGGUCCGGCAGGAUGGCGACCGUGGUGGUGGAAGCUGCCGAGCCCGAGCCGUCCGGCAGCAUCUCCAACCCAGCAGCAUCCACCUCCCCCAGCCUGUCACACCGCUUCCUCGACAGCAAGUUCUACCUGCUCGUGGUCGUGGGCGAGAUUGUGACCGAGGAACACUUGCGGCGCGCCAUCGGUAACAUAGAGCUCGGAAUCCGAUCAUGGGACACAAACCUGAUUGAAUGCAACUUGGACCAAGAACUGAAACUUUUUGUGUCUCGACACUCUGCAAGAUUCUCUCCUGAAGUCCCAGGACAGAAAAUCCUUCAUCAUAGAAGUGACGUUUUAGAAACAGUGGUCCUGAUCAACCCUUCAGAUGAAGCAGUCAGCACUGAGGUGCGCUUAAUGAUCACGGACGCAGCCCGACACAAGCUGCUCGUGCUGACGGGACAGUGCUUUGAAAAUACUGGCGAGCUCAUUCUCCAGUCCGGCUCUUUCUCCUUCCAGAACUUUAUAGAGAUUUUCACCGAUCAAGAGAUUGGGGAGUUACUGAGCACCACCCACCCUGCCAACAAAGCCAGUUUAACCCUGUUCUGUCCUGAAGAAGGGGACUGGAAGAAUUCCAAUCUUGACAGACACAAUCUCCAGGAUUUCAUCAAUAUUAAACUCAACUCAGCCUCUAUAUUACCAGAAAUGGAAGGACUUUCAGAAUUUACUGAGUAUCUUUCAGAAUCAGUGGAAGUCCCAUCUCCCUUUGACAUUCUGGAACCUCCCACAUCUGGCGGAUUUCUAAAGUUGUCCAAGCCCUGCUGUUACAUCUUUCCAGGCGGGAGAGGCGAUUCUGCGUUGUUUGCAGUGAAUGGGUUCAAUAUGCUCAUCAAUGGAGGAUCGGAAAGAAAGUCUUGCUUCUGGAAGCUCAUCAGACACUUGGACCGAGUGGACUCUAUCCUGCUCACCCACAUUGGGGAUGACAAUUUGCCUGGAAUCAACAGCAUGUUGCAGCGGAAAAUAGCUGAGCUUGAGGAGGAACAGUCCCAAGGCUCCACCACAAAUAGUGACUGGAUGAAAAACCUCAUCUCCCCUGACUUAGGAGUUGUCUUUCUUAAUGUACCUGAAAAUCUGAAAAACCCAGAGCCAAACAUCAAGAUGAAAAGAAGCAUAGAAGAAGCUUGUUUCACUCUUCAGUACCUAAACAAGUUGUCCAUGAAACCAGAAUCUCUGUUUAGAAGUGUUAGCAAUACCGUCGAUCCUGUCAUUCUUUUCCAAAAGAUGGGAGUUGGUAAACUAGAGAUGUAUGUGCUUAAUCCAGUCAAAAGUAGCAAGGAAAUGCAGUAUUUUAUGCAGCAGUGGACUGGCACUAACAAAGACAAGGCUGAACUAAUUCUACCUAAUGGUCAAGAAGUAGAUAUCCCAAUUUCCUAUUUAACUUCAGUCUCAUCUUUGAUUGUGUGGCAUCCAGCAAACCCUGCAGAGAAAAUCAUCCGAGUCCUAUUUCCUGGAAACAGCACCCAAUAUAAUAUCCUAGAAGGACUGGAAAAACUCAAACAUUUAGACUUUCUGAAACAACCACUGGCCACCCAGAAAGAUCUUACUGGUCAAGUAGUCACUCCUGCAGUGAAACAAGUAAAACUGAAACAAAGGGCUGAUAGUCGAGAAAGUCUGAAGCCAGCCACAAAACCACUCACUAGCAAAUCUGUGCGAAAAGAGUCUAAAGAAGAAACCCUUGAUGUCACAAAAGGUAACCACGUGGAAAAGUCACCCAAAGUGGAAAGCAAAGAAAAGGUAAUAGUGAAAAAAGACAAGCCAACCAAAACAGAGACCAAACCUUCAGUGAGUGAAAAGGAGGUGUCCAGCAAAGAUGACCAGUCUUCAUUGAAAACAGAGGUGGCUGAAAAGCAGGCCACAGAUGUCAAACCCAAAGUCACCAAGGAGAAGACCGUGAAAAAGGAAACAAAGCUAAAAUCUGAAGAAAAGAAAGAGGAGAAAGAAAAGCCAAAGAAGGAAGUGGCUAAAAAGGAAGACAAAACACCUAUCAAGAAGGAGGAAAAAACAAAAAAGGAAGAGGUGAAAAAGGAAGUCAAAAAAGAAAUCAAGAAAGAAGAGAAAAAAGAACCCAAGAAAGAGGUUAAGAAAGAAACACCAUUGAGGGAAGCCAAGAAGGAAGUGAAGAAGGAAGAAAAGAAAGAAAUUAAAAAGGAAGAAAAAGAACCCAAAAAAGAAAUCAAGAAGAUCUCUAAGGACUUAAAGAAAUCAUCUACUCCUCUAUCGGAAGCAAAAAAACCAGUUACAUUAAAACCAAAAGUACCCAAGAAGGAAGAGUCUGUGAAGAAAGAUGCUGUUGCUGCAGGAAAGCCAAAGGAAAAAGGGAAAAUUAAAGUCAUUAAGAAGGAAAGCAAAACAACAGAGGCUGCAGCUGCAGCCAUUGGCACGGUGGCCACUGCAGCAGCCGUAUCGGUGGCAGCUGGAAUAGCAGCAACUGGUCCUGCCAAAGAACUUGAAGCUGAGAGGUCCCUGAUGUCAUCCCCUGAAGAUCUAACUAAGGACUUUGAAGAAUUAAAGGCUGAAGAGGUUGAUGUAGCAAAGGACAUCAAGCCUCAGUUGGAGCUAAUAGAAGAUGAAGAGAAACUAAAGGAAACAGAGCCAGUUGAAGCUUAUGUCAUUCAGAAAGAGACAGAAGUCAUCAAAGGUCCUGCUGAGUCUCCCGAUGAGGGAAUCACCACUACUGAGGGGGAAGGGGAAUGUGAGCAAACGCCCGAGGAGCUGGAGCCAGUUGAGAAGCAGGGUGUGGAUGACAUUGAAAAGUUUGAAGAUGAGGGAGCCGGUUUUGAAGAAUCCUCAGAGACUGGAGACUAUGAAGAGAAGGCAGAAACUGAGGAGGCUGAAGAGCCAGAAGAAGAUGGUGAGGAAAGUGUGUGUAUGAGAACCUCAAAGCACAGCCCCAUGGAGGAUGAGGAAAGUGUGAAGGCUGAGGCAGAUGUGCACAUCAAGGAGAAGAGGGAAUCUGUGGCUAGUGGUGAUGACCGAGCAGAAGAAGACAUGGAUGAGGUAAUUGAGAAAGGAGAGACUGAGCAAUCUGAGGAGGAGGGUAAUGAAGAGGACAAAGCAGAGGAUGCCAGAGAGGAAGAUUAUGAGCCUGAAAAAAUUGAAGCUGAAGAUUAUGUGAUGGCUGUGGUUGACAAGGCUGCAGAGGCCGGUGGUGCUGAGGAUCAGUAUGGAUUCCUUGCCACAUCAACCAAGCAACCAGGAGCCCAAUCUCCUGCUCGAGAACCUGCAUCUUCAAUUCAUGAUGAGACUUUACCUGGAGGCUCGGAGAGUGAGGCCACCGCUUCUGAUGAGGAGAACCGAGAAGACCAGCCUGAGGAAUUCACUGCCACCUCAGGCUAUACACAGUCUACCAUUGAGAUCUCUAGCGAGCCCACUCCAAUGGAUGAGAUGUCUACACCUCGUGACGUGAUGAGCGAUGAGACUAACAAUGAAGAGACAGAGUCCCCGUCUCAGGAGUUCAUGAACAUCACCAAAUAUGAGUCCUCACUUUAUGCUCAGGAGUACUCCAAACCGGCUAUCUCACUUAAUGGAUUAUCUGAAGGGUCAAAAACAGACGCCACUGAUGGCAAGGAUUAUAAUGCUUCAGCCUCCACUAUCUCACCACCGUCAUCCAUGGAGGAAGACAAAUUCAGCAAAUCUGCUCUACGUGAUGCUUACUCCGCUGAACAGAAAGACAUGAAAGCCAGUGCCACACUGGAGAUCAGAGAUACCUCAGUGGUUUCAGAAGAAAAACUUAGCUCAUCCAAGAGUCCAUCUCUGAGUCCAUCUCCACCGUCACCCAUAGAAAAGACCCCUCUGGGUGAACGCAGUGUGAACUUCUCUCUGACACCCAAUGAGAUUAAAGUCUCAGCAGAGGCUGCGGUCCCAGUGACUCCUGAGGUGACUCAAGAAGUCGUUGAGGAACACUGUGUUAGUCCCGAGGAUAAGACUCUGGAAGUGGUGUCUCCAUCACAGUCUGCGACUGGCAGUGCCGGUCACACCCCUUACUACCAAUCUCCCACGGAUGAGAAAGCUAGUCACCUCCCCACAGAAGUCAUCGAAAAACCAUCAGCUGUCCCAGUGAGUUUUGAAUUCGAUGAUUCCAAAGAUGACAGCGAAAGGCCUUCUAUAAGCCCCAUGGAUGAACCUGUGCCUGAUUCAGAGUCACCUAUGGAAAAAGUUUUGUCUCCUUUACGCAGUCCUCCUCUAAUUGGAUCCGAGUCUGCAUACGAAAGUUUUCUAAGUGUUGACGACAAGACUCCUGGCAGAUGUACUAAAAGUCCCUUUGAAGGAACAAAUGAAAAACAAAGCUUUCCAGACCAAAUAAGUCCAGUUUCUGAAAUAACCUCCACUGGGCUUUUCCAAGAGAAACAGGAAGAGAAGAGCACAGACUUUAUACCAAUAAAGGAAGACUUAGAAAAAGAAAAGAAGACUGAUGAUGUUGAGGCCAUGAGUGCUCAACCAGGACUGGCCCUGGAUGAAAGAAAGUUAGGGGGAGAUGUCUCUCCCACACAAAUAGAUGUCAGCCAGUUUGGAUCUUUUAAAGAAGACACUAAGAUGUCCAUUUCUGAAGGCACUGUCUCAGACAAGUCAGCUACUCCUGUGGAUGAGGGUGUAGCAGAAGACACAUACUCUCAUAUGGAGGGCGUGGCUUCAGUCUCCACAGCUUCUGUGGCUACAAGCUCAUUCCCAGAGCCAACAACAGAUGAUGUGUCUCCUUCUCUGCAUGCUGAGGUUGGCUCCCCGCAUUCCACAGAAGUUGAUGACUCCCUUUCAGUGUCUGUUGUGCAAACACCUACCACUUUCCAGGAAACAGAAAUGUCUCCAUCUAAAGAAGAAUGCCCAAGACCAAUGUCAAUUUCUCCACCAGAUUUCUCCCCUAAAACAGCCAAAUCCAGGACACCAGUUCAAGAUCACAGAUCAGAACAAUCCUCAAUGUCUAUUGAAUUUGGCCAAGAAUCCCCUGAGCACUCCCUUGCUAUGGACUUUAGUAGACAGUCUCCAGAUCACCCCAGUGCAGGUGCAGGUAUGCUUCACAUCACUGAGAAUGGGCCAACUGAAGUGGACUAUAGUCCUGACUUGCAGGACUCGAGUUUAUCACAUAAGAUACCGCCCAUGGAGGAGCCAUCCUCCACCCAAGAUAACGAUCUUUCUGAGCUGAUCUCAGUAUCUCAGGUAGAGGCCUCCCCAUCCACCUCUUCCGCACAUACCCCUUCUCAGAUAGCUUCUCCUCUCCAAGAAGAUACUCUAUCUGAUGUGGUUCCUCCCAGAGAUAUAUCCUUAUAUGCCUCCCUUACCUCUGAAAAAGUGCAAAGUCUGGAAGGAGAGAAGCUUUCACCAAAAUCUGAUAUCUCUCCUCUGACCCCAAGAGAGUCUUCUCCUUUAUAUUCACCUAGUUUUUCAGAUUCUACCUCUGCAGUCAAAGAGAACACAGCCACUUCCUCAUCUCCACCCAUGGAUACAGCAUCCACAGAGCCCUAUGGCUUCCGUGCCUCAAUGUUAUUUGAUACAAUGCAACACCAUCUAGCCUUGAAUAGAGAUUUGACCACAUCUGGCUUGGAGAAGGACAAUGGAGGGAAGACACCUGGUGAUUUCAGCUAUGCUUAUCAAAAGACAGAGAAAACAGCCAGGUCCUCAGAUGAAGAAGGUUAUACCUAUGAAUCUUAUGAGAAAACCAACCGGACCCCAGAUGUAGGUGGUUAUUACUAUGAAAAGACAGAGAGAACCUCAAAAUCCCCAGGUGACAGUGGCUACUCCUAUGAGACCAUUGAGAAAACCACCAAGACCCCUGAAGAUGGUGGCUAUGCUUAUGAAAUUACAGAGAAGACUACACGGACCCCUGAAGAGGGUGGAUACUCAUAUGAGAUAAGCGAGAAGACUACAAGGACCCCUGAAGUGAGCGGUUACAGCUAUGAAAAGAUCGAGAGGUCCAGAAGGCUCCUGGAUGACAUCAGCAAUGGCUAUGAUGAUUCUGAAGAUGGUGGCCAUACACUUGGGGAUUCCAGCUACUCUUAUGAGACCACUGAGAAAAUUACCAGUUUUCCCGAGUCUGAAACGUACGCCUAUGAGACAUCUACAAAAACCACAAGAACCCCUGAUACUUCCACAUACUGCUAUGAGACUACAGAAAAAAUCACCAGAACCCCCCAGGCAUCUACGUAUUCCUAUGAGACUUCAGACCGAUGUUACACGGCAGAAAAGAAGUCCCCCUCAGAGGCCCGCCAGGAUGUUGAUUUAUGCCUCGUGUCUUCUUGUGAAUACAAGCAUCCCAAGACAGAGCUCUCACCCUCCUUCAUUAAUCCUAAUCCUUUAGAGUGGUUUUCCAGUGAAGAGCCAACUGGAGAGUCUGAGAAGCCCCUCACUCAAUCAGGGGGAGCCCCACCACCUCCAGGAGGCAAGCAACAGGGGCGACAGUGUGAUGAGACACCUCCCACCUCAGUCAGCGAGUCAGCCCCAUCCCAGACAGACUCAGAUGUUCCCCCGGAAACUGAAGAGUGCCCCUCCAUCACAGCUGAUGCAAACAUUGACUCUGAAGAUGAAUCUGAAACCAUCCCCACAGACAAAACCGUCACGUACAAACACAUGGACCCACCUCCAGUCCCUAUGCAAGACCGCAGCCCAUCUCCCCGUCACCCUGACGUGUCCAUGGUGGAUCCAGAGGCCUUGGCCAUUGAGCAGAACCUGGGCAAAGCUCUCAAGAAAGAUCUGAAAGAGAAAACCAAAACCAAAAAACCAGGUACAAAGACCAAGUCAUCUUCACCUGUCAAGAAGAGUGAUGGGAAGUCUAAGACCUCUGCUGCUUCCCCUAAACCAGUGGGCUUGAAAGAGUCCUCAGAGAAGGUGUCCAGAGUGGCUUCUCCUAAGAAGAAAGAAUUGUUGGAAAAGGCAUCAAAAACCACUACCACUCCUGAGGUCAAAGCUGCCCGUGGGGAAGAAAAAGACAAGGAGACCAAGAACGCCACCAACGUUUCCACAUCCAAGUCAGUGAAGACUGCAACUGCAGGACCAGGAACCACCAAGACGGCCAAGUCCUCAGCUGUGCCUCCAGGCCCCCCUGUGUAUUUGGACCUGUGCUAUAUUCCCAACCACAGCAAUAGUAAGAACGUUGAUGUCGAAUUUUUCAAGAGAGUGAGGUCAUCCUACUAUGUGGUGAGUGGAAACGACCCCGCUGCUGAGGAGCCAAGCCGGGCCGUCCUGGACGCCUUGUUGGAAGGGAAAGCUCAGUGGGGCAGCAACAUGCAGGUGACCCUGAUCCCAACUCACGACUCAGAAGUGAUGAGAGAGUGGUACCAGGAGACCCAUGAGAAACAGCAGGACCUCAACAUUAUGGUGUUAGCAAGCAGCAGCACCGUGGUUAUGCAAGAUGAAUCCUUCCCUGCAUGCAAGAUUGAACUGUAAAAACCAAGGCCAGCCACACCACAGGAUUUGAACUUUGUGUCCGGAAAUUCUUCAAUUGGAAAACACCUUUUCUAAACCAUCAACUCGUCUAAUCAAGUCGCGGAACUCUGACCUGCCAAAUGCUAUACUGUGUCACGGUGAUACGAGUCACUAAUAUUUCUCAGUUUUUGCGGAUGGCUAAGGGAAGUAACAGUAUUCCCACAAUAGGGUUCAAAUUACUGCAAAAUUACCUACCCCAGUUCAUCUCUGCUGAACAUUUGGAAACCAUGCACUAGCAAACCCAACUGACUUCUGCUAGAUCAAGGCAUUUGUCUUAGAAAGAGAAUGAGAGCGAGAGAGAGAGAGCAAGAGAGAGCGAGAGAGCGCGCACAAAGAGAGAGAGAACACAGGAGAGAGAGGAACAGAGCGAGAAAGAAAAAGAAUGCAAGAGAAGGGGAUGUAAAGGAAAGAUGGCUGGUGAGAUAUCCAGAGAGAAAAAGAGAGCAGGGUGGGGUAAGGAAGAGAAAAUAACCAAGAAUUCGAUCUGCAUUUUCUCAGGCAAUAUGUAUUCUGUAGUCUACAUAGGGCACAUUUUCAAUCUGUGUCAGUCUGACUGAGUCAUCAAAGGUCUGUCUUUUCUAAAAUAAGUGGGCUGGAAGAGAACAAAACUUGUUAUGAAGGCUUGUGAGGUUUUUACGCCUUAAUUAAGCUCCUUCUAUUGGAGGGCUGCACACAGGCAUAUAGCAUAGCGAGUAUAGACUGAGCAGUAAAGUGGUUUGGGCCCCAUUCGGCACUCUCAGACUUUGUAAACACACAAGUAGGUUGAUCUAAGGCAUGCUCCCAGCAUUUGUCCACUCACUUAGGCCACUCAGUCAAUUAACCUGCAUGUGUCAACACCCAAGUCCAUCCUGAUUAACUGAAGCAAAUACCAAAGCAGUUGGGAGUACAUACGGUAGACAAUUUGCCUUAGAAAGUGACUUGAAUGUACAAAGAUACGCGAUGCACUUAUUUUUUAAUGUGAGACAGCAAGUUUAUAAAACAUCCGUGUAGGAUUAUAGAUACUCGAAGUAAAGGAACAUGUGUGUAUGCGUGGGAGGGUACUAGAAGCUUAUCUGAUGGGUGCAUCAGUUUGAUGCUGAGUCUUGUGGUUUGAACCCAAUCUCAGUGUACCUGUGGCCCCUCAGCCUUUCAUAGCUUCUUUACUACUGCAAGUUCAAGAUUGAAAUGGCUUCUAUGUGCAGAACUGGGAAAACAGUGAAUCUUAAUGGUGGAAGAUAUCUUCAGUAAGUGUACAGUAUUUACCUUCCUUUGUCUUACAUGUACUUUUUUUUUUUUUUAAUUUUCCAUUAAUUUCAAUGUAAUGGAAAAAUGUACAGAAGAAUUUUUUUUUUAGCUAUGUGAGAACUUUUCAUAGAUGAACUUUUUAACAUGUUUUCAUUUACAGGAAAAUACAAAGAAAAUUUUCAAGUGACAGUCUUUUUUUUUUUUUUUUUUUUAGUUUUUUGUUAGGCAAAAAAAAAAAAAAAAGAAUGUUUUCUGAAGUUCUGGUAAGGUUGAAGUCUGAUAUUGCAGUAAUAAUAUUUAUGAAAACCCAUAACGACCAUGAUACCUCCACCCCUUGAAUCCCAUAACCUAGAAAUCUGAGUAUAUACUAUUUGAGAGUGGGGGAGAAUGGCAAAGUAGGCUACUCGUCAGUCAGGGCCUUCACAACACAUCAUCCUAGACUCUUCUUUCCAGAUGUUCAACCAUGAGGCUAAAGAGCCAAGCCACGGUCAAAGAACCCUAGCACAUAUUUGCUUUAGGGUUUUCCUUUCUGGAAAAA